UUGGACUUACCGAGACCAAUCGAACAAAGCGCUCCAAUCUACACUCAAAGCUGCAACAACCAGCUUCGCCCUCUCCACACCAUAAGCACUCGCAAACAUGAUCACCGACGCCUCACUCUACUCUCUGGCCGUCUUCCUCGGCGCGGCGGCCAUGCUUCUCAUCGUCCUCUACCAUUUCCUCGAAGUCAACUCCGACGAGCAACAACAAGGAACAACAGCCACAAAGUCAGCGACGAUCAAGGACAACGCCGCAGCAGUUUCCGGGAGCACCAGCAUUGGAAGCUUGAGUAGCUUGGGUGUGGGUGGGAAGAGCCAGAAGUCAUGACGAGAUAGAAAGAUGGGCCGACGGAGUUGUGGGAAUCAUACGUGGCAGAACGUAAUGCAUCGGGUUCAGGUCGAGAGGGCAGAUUCAGGGCAGGUCGAGGUCAGGCUUGAGUUGAGGGAGCUUGGGACAAUUGGGAAUGGCGUCUGCUCAUAGCUUCAUCACACAUUGCGCCGCAAUGGAUUGAAUGGCUUCGUUACUC